UCAUGCCCUACCUCAGUCACUGUGGCUUGGCGAAGUUCAGCCAUUUUGUCGGUGGCACAAGAAUGGGGAAAGGACGAGUGCGCUUAUUCCUUGGCUAUCUACAUCAUCCUUAUUGCCUCUUCAGUUCUUGGACUUCUUGCAAGUUGCGGGUUGCCUUGGUGAACCAUACAAUUUAAAUCAAUGACCAAUUUUACAUCUUGCGGAAGACAAGGAGUUGAUUCACUUAAUGCCUAGGGAAGCAUGAGGAAUUGAAUUCACAAAGCCUUCGCUGACGUUGCUCCACAUUGGCGAUGAAUUCCUCAAGUCACAAAUACGUCACAAACUACAAUAUCUCUCAUCUGUAAAUAGUCUCAGAAUAUGUAUUUCCUGUCGCAUAUGCCAUAUCCAUCAUCCUAUCUUGAUAAAUUUCUGUGUCGCAGGGAAAUAAUUAGGCUGUGACAUGUAGAUGCUUAUAUUAUUUUUAGUAGACUGAGAAUUCAUACAUGUUAGCAUCUUGCCUGCAUAAUAGAAAAAUUAAAGUUGGGCCCUAAACUAAUACAUGUUGGAAAAGUUACUAAAAAUGUCGAGAAAAAAUUCUACUGCCAUGAGCGCAGUUUAACCUUUUUAUUAGAAAACAUGUAAAUUCGCCAGACCAGAAAAAGACCAAUUUAUGAAUAAAAAAUCCAGCUUGUUUGAUUGUCUCCAUAGUUAACAUUAUACUCUCUGUAGAGGUGAUUUGGCACAUUUAUCGUCUCACUCAGUGAAAAAGGAGGGUCCACCAAGACAUUAAGGUCGUAGAUGUUGAAGUGUAGUGAAUUGUCUAGCCCUUUCCAUAAGAUCGGUCUUUUGGUUGCGUUGGCUGGCAUACCAGUCUGGCACAGUGUCCUCUCUUGGAUCCUAGUGACAUGCCACCCUCCUGCCCAGGGGUUACCCUCAUGGCCUGGUGGCACCUUGCCCACCACGCAUCCCCAAAGCCCCUCGGCAAGGCACUCGACUGUUCGGUCCUGCUGAUGGACUGGAUCAUCUGGAAACAGCAUAACGAGUGCACCUUGGAGAACGGCCAUCCCUUCUGUUCAACCAUCCCCAGCAAGCUCAAGGAGGAGGCAAAGCUCUGGGCUAGAGUAGGCGCAUUAGGACUCCGUGUGUUGCUGCACAUAUCUUAGGAUAUGCACUAAUGUGUCUUUGCGUGCAUUUGUACCUGGCCUCUCUAGGCCUGUAAAUACUCUUCCACCUUUCAAUACAACUGGAUGCAAUGCUUUUGCAUUUUCUUGAGAAAAACUGGUCCCAUUGGAGUAUAUAUGCUUUUGUGGGGCCAAACUACUGGGCCUCUUCACACCAGAGAGUGAAAUUAGCUACUAGGAAAUAGUGAAUAAAAAAAGGAUCCAUACAAAACGAAAUGGUCCCCACACUAAGAUGGGUCCCUGAGUGGUCGCUCAUACCGUCAUCAUACAUCAAAUCUACCAUUCUACAGGAUUGAGGAAAUUAUCUUUCUGUAAGAGGUCCUUGGUUGAUUUAAAUGUUUUCAUUAUUAACGGAACUGUAUUGAAUAUGAAAUAUUUACCUGCACCAAUUUUCAAUUUACAGGGAAAGGUUUUGCUUAGCGUCCUGCUUCUUACAGAUGUUACCUCUGCUCAAUUGCUUCCAAUUUUAUAUCAUUGGUAAUAUAUGUGUUUUGGAAUAUGCAUUGCAUGGUGCACAUGUAGAAAAGCAGUGCAACGAUUCUUGCAGCUUUCAGAGUAGUGAGGUGAUGGUUUUGCCACCUCUCACUUUGUGAUCAGAUUUGUUCUCUGCGGCUAUUGUUUGCUAUGCAUCUUGUCGUCAUGAUUCGCCAAGAUAAGAACUUUACUGACACUAACCAUUUAAACCAAUAUCUGUCAAUUUAGUGUGCUGUUCCAGGUUAAGAUUCUCUUAUCAGUAUCCAGUAGAGAUACCAAGAAGUCAUUAUCACUGCUCCAGUUAUGCAUUUAUUCCUCUUCCUUUUCAGCAUUUAUUGAAAGUAGUGGAUGGGACCAAAGAGAAAUAUAUAUCAACUACACAGAGAUAAUCGAAAAACCAUGGGGGUAGCUACUAGAAAGGUUUAUCAAUAAAAAUGGCUGUGUGCAUCAAUUGAUGCAGAGGCCAGGGGUUGCUUCCCCUUUUCGAAAAAAAAGAAAGGUUUAUCCAUCCUUUUCUGUAUCAAGCAGAAUAAAGGGAGAAUUUCCUGCCCACCAUGCAUCUUGCUUUUUAUCGUCCAGUUUUUCCAUUUGGUUACUGUGUGAAGGCAUGGUGAUUCCACUGUUUCUGUUCUUCCCUUUUGGUUCGAUGCCUGUUUCGUCCAUUUGCUGCUUACAUCUCACACCCAAUCUUUGCUCUAGGCUUUCCCGACAACAUUUCAGGAUAUAUGAGAUGUGGAGAAAAGGAGCAGAUCGUUUAGCUCCUUUGGUUCAUCAGAUGAUAGAUUUAUCUUAACUGUCAAGAUUUAGUGAUCUUGCAUCCUAGAUGCCUCUAGAGUUUUUGUGGUCCAAAUUAUUUAAGAAUCGGAAGAGUAUAGCUCGAACUAAUUGAACACCGAUGUUGAUAAUCCUAGAAUGUCCACAAGUAUGAUGUAUUUGUUACAUUAUUGAUAAUUUAUUCAAUAUUGUAACUGGUUACCUUUUUCUUUGUUUUUCAUGUGAUGGUUCUGUGCAUGUUUGAGUUCCUACUGCUUUUAUAUUUUUGGAAGUGACCUUAACAGUUGGCUAGUGACUUUAAAACAGCCACUUUCAUUCACAAAAAGUAUUUUUCUAAAGGCUUCUCCAAUCAUUGUCUUAUUUGCACUGUCUUUUCUUGUAGGGUCAAGUUUCUGUUCCUGUUCUACCUGUAGCAAUCCAUCCAAUCAUUCAUAGCUGUAAACACAUUGACAAUGACAAAUUCUAUGAUUCAAGAAAAUUAACCUGUGUUAGGAAUUAUGAUUCCCGGGAUACAAUAAUUAUUCCAUGAAAAUUCAUCGUGUGCAAUUUUAUGGAGUUUCAACACUAAACGCAAUAUUUAGUGCUCAGUGUUUAGUAAUCCCAAUUAGACGCAUUCUAAUCGUCUUAGUUUGUGCAGAAAAUCAAACCAGAACGUUAAAAGGAGAUGUUCAAUAUGUUUAUUACUUGUGCGGAAUUUCUGCAGUUGAUGGCAUUUUAUAUAGUCACUGAAAUUUCUGCAGAAACUUAUUUGUAGAAGAUAUCUUGUAAAGUUAGAACUUUUAGAUUUAGUGAAUCUGUCCUGCUUACAUUAAAUGAUCAUGAGUCACUAAUAUACUCUGAUGGUCCGAAUCUUGUAGUAAGAUUGGCCAGUUGCCAACUCUGAUACUUAUUUCCACAUACUUGGUGGAUUUGAAUGGUAGAUCUAGUUUCUUUAUUUACAAAUGAUUUUUUUCAUUGCACAGAUAUACAGAUCAGUAACAUCAUAUCUAGAAAUGUUUAUUUAUCUCAUUUCUAGGCUUUCUUCUUUGGGGACAAGUUCUAGGGUACUUUACUUCUGCACAUUUCUGCUGUGCAGCGUCAUCAUAUUCUUAAAUCCUCUUGCUGUCUAAGGUCUAAACCACACACACCAUAUGAAAGAGAACACACAGAGCAACUUGCAGCAUUUGUAGUUGAGUUUUUAUUCUAGCAGUUUCAUGAAAAAGAAAAGUACUUUGUCUUUUUGUUAUGCUUUAUUCACAGGAGGACAUUAUCAAUUAGAAUAAAGAUUUUGCAUGCUAUAAAUAAAAUUCUGUUUCCCUCUAUAUAUACACCCUCCGGUUUGCAUGUCUCAUUGCGGCCAUCUUAGUUCUCCCUGCCUGCUUGUACUGAUAUUUAAGCUCCAAAUAUGGACUACUCAAAUUUGCGUCGCCAAAUUAUCUUCAUGAAGAAAAGUUUCUUUGAUCAGGGCUACCUUGAUGAACAGUUUAAUCAGCUGGAAGAACUGCAGGACGAAUCAAGCCCCAAUUUUGUUGAGGAAGUUGUGGCUUUGUUCCUGAAAGAUUCGCCGAGAUUGUUGAUAAACAUAGAACAAGCAAUUGAGAAAUACCCUCAGGAUUUCUACCGGUUAGAUUCUCUGGUGCAUCAGCUCAAAGGCAGCGCAUCCAGCAUUGGUGCAGUGAGGAUGAAGAACGAGUGCUCGGUGCUUAAGGCGCACGGAAAUGACAAGAAUCUGGAAGGAUGCCGCAGGUCAUUGCAGAAGAUGAAGAGGGAGCAUGCCACUCUGAAGCAGAAGCUGGAGUCAUAUUUUCAGUUACUGAGGCAAGUUGGCCCUCGCAAUUCUGCUGUGAACUCAAGGAAGUAAGAAGAACAGUACACGGAAUGCAGUUCCAAGGGAAAUAAGGAUCAGCUAUCCGCCUAUCCCUCCCUUGGAAAUUUUUAAUCAUCCAUAAUUUUUUCCUUAUAUGUUACCUGGGCCUUUUUGUUGUACACGGGUGGUGUAUUCUUAGUUUUAUGAUGUGUGAAGUUCGCUCAUGCACACACCUUGCCUAGCUACGGGGAGUGUCAUGAUGUAAUGUAACUCGGAUUAGCUGUACCCCAAAUAUCAUGAUACUAAUAUGAGUUGUUUUGCCAUAAUUUUUUUCGAGAAAA